CGGAAGUGAUGUCACAGCCGGAUGUCGUCCAUUGACACGGUGGGCCUGAAGUCUGCCUGCGGGUGACAAGAAGUUGAUCAUGGGGCAGUCCGGGACUGGCGAUCUGUGACCCGAGAGUGCUUGCUAUGGAUGGGAAUGCCAUCACCCUGUGGCAGUUUCUGCUUCAGCUCUUACAGGAGCCUCACCACAAGAAACUUAUCUGUUGGACCUCUAAUGAUGGCGAGUUCAAACUCCUGCAGGCUGAAGAAGUGGCUCGACUGUGGGGGGUGCGCAAGAACAAGCCCAGCAUGAAUUAUGAUAAGUUGAGCCGGGCUCUACGCUAUUACUAUGUCAAGAAUAUUAUAAAGAAAGUGAAUGGGCAGAAAUUUGUUUAUAAGUUUGUUUCAUACCCGGAUAUUCUCACCAUGGACCCACUUACUUUAGGGCGUGGAGAAGGGGAUACGGAUGGGUGUGCCCUUGAUGCUGUAAGCACUUAUACAAUAAGAGACAAGGAGAACUCUGGAAAAGAGAGAGUUACAGGCCUUUCCGGUAAAUCCUCUGGAAGAAACGACUACAUCCAUUCUGGUCUGUACACAUCCUUCACUUUAAAUUCUCUAAAUACAGCUGGAGUAAAACUUUUCAAAAACAUCACUAUGGAAACCCCUUUUGAGAAGAAAAUUACUCAGGAAGCCUCUCCAUCUGUCAUCAAGUUUGUACCAACACCAGCCAAGAAUCCGGAUCCAGCGCCUAGGGUCCCUUCCGUCCCACCUCAGCCUCCAGAACCACAAGAGAAACCUGCUGAACCGCCUCCUAAUGUAGUAGUAAACACACUAUCUCCCCCUGCCCCCUCUAUCUCUCCUAUUCCUUUUGAAACUUUAUCACCCGCUUUGAAUUCCAAUCAAGAAAUGGUAAUUGACAACGACUUGGAAUCUGUCAACUCACAGUCGAUUGAAUUUUCCAGUGAGGUGUCCAUGGAAGUGCCAGAGCAGGAACCUGAGUUUGAGCCGGAACCUGAGCCCGAGCCGUAUGUGCUGGACGUGAAAACCACCAAAUCUAAAAAGCCCAAAGGGCUUGAAUUAGCCCCCACCGUGGUAAUUACCACUAGCGAUGCAAAUCCAUUGGGCAUCCUCAGUCCCUCACUGGCCACAGCAUCUCUCACACCAGCGUUUUUCUCUCAGACCCCGAUACUGCUGACUCCAAGCCCCCUCCUUUCCAGUAUACAUUUCUGGAGCACUCUGAGUCCUGUUGCACCUCUUAGUCCUGCCAGGCUACAUGGUGCCAACACAUUGUUUCAGUUUCCUUCGGUGUAUAACAGCCAUAUGCCACUCACAUUGUCCAGCUUUGAAAGUCCUUCCACACCAGGACCAUUUUCUCCUGAUCUACAGAAGUCCUAGCAGAAACUAUUCAUCCCACAGAUAAAAAAGGGAAAAUCUGGGACAAAGAUUUGUUUGGUUGGGGUUUUUUAUACAUGUAUAUUUUUUUAAACGCUUAGUGUUGUAAACUGUCCUGUUAUCAGUCCCAAAGUACGUUGCUUUUAUGCAUAGUUGCGCUACCUUUUACUAUAAAUAUCUAUAUUUUCAGGAGCUGGGUAGGCCAGCUAAAAUGUGCCCUUAUAGAACCGGAAAAUGGAUGCCUCAUAUUCGGUAAAAAAAAAAAACAGGUUUGAUAUACUCACAAAGCACUUAAUGAUGUGUCAUAGCCAGAAAUCAGACAAAUAUUUAAGUCAUUUAAUGUGACUAAGAAGCAUGUUAUAUAGGCAGCACGAGAAAAA